AUGUAUCUGGUAGGUAGUUGUGAGUUUUGUUUGAAGGUUUGGAGCUGACCUCAGGCAAUUACUGUGUGGGAAAGUAAUACCCCAGAAGUGUUCCCUCAGGGGAAUAGUCGGUUUUGGAGCUUAACAGGAUUUAAGUUUGUCCCGUUUACUCUGAUAAAACCCGCAUUGGAUGAUUCGAUGGACGAAGAACGUUCACCGUUGGAAGCCGCUGAGACGAUGUUUGCCAAAAUGCCGACGGCUUCUGUCGUCGCUGCCACGGCGGCCACUACUGUGGCGCCAUCCCCGAAAGUUGGCAAUCGACCGCAAACGUUGGACGUUUCGACGCAUAGGGAACGUACUACGAGUGAGAAGAACAAUAACCAGGACGCCAUGAACCAGGGUUUUGAUCUUUUCACUAAGAAACUUAUGAACAGGAAUUCAAUGCAAUCAUCCAUUAGAAACUACCAUAACAUCAUGCUCUUGGUCAGA